CUGAGCUGCUGAUGUAUCCCAGCAGCCCCGGUCCGUAGCAACAGGAAACCUUGGUAUAAAAAGCUGAGUUGCAGGGGGAACCCUCCUAAGUGUCUCACAGCCACAGCAUGACCAGGACCGAGAGCCUGAGAGUGUGGACUUAACAAAACAAUGCCCAGCCUAAUCGUCGAACCACUCAUACAGCACUUCAUCAUGGACAAAGAUGACAGGAAGAGAAACAAGAACAUUGGAAAGAACUUUAUGUGCCGACUACAGUGUAUGUUCUCACACUCGUCAAGCUCUGAGAGGCUAAGUUUAGAAGAUACCCAACAAUGGUCACAGUCACUGGAAAAGCUUCUGGAGUCUAAAUAUGGACUGGCUACUUUUCGCACCUUUCUGAAAUCCGAAUAUAGCGAUGAGAAUAUUGAGUUCUGGCUUACCUGUGAGGACUACAAAAAGAUCAAGUCUUCAUUUCGGAUGUCCUCAAGGGCCAAGAAGAUUUAUGAGCAGUUCAUUAAAGCAGAAUCUCCAAAAGAGAUCAACAUCGACUAUCACACCCGAGAGCAGAUCAAAAGGAACGUCAAGACUCCCACUAUGCACUGCUUUGAUGACGCUCAGAAGAUAGUUUAUGGGCUGAUGGAAAGAGACUCAUAUCCACGAUUCCUCCGCUCUGACAUUUAUAGAACUCUCCUGGAAAACCUUGCCGCCGAUGCCGCGAAGGGAUGAAAAAGUUAUCAAGAGGAGAGAAAGACAUAAUAGCCAUAACUGGAAUGUUUGUGCUCCUUCAGGAGGAAGGACUGACAACCGAAAAAAAAAAAAAAAAAGGAAGGAGAGUCGAUCUGCUUGGCACAUAAACAGAUACAGACACUUCUCACCUCAGCGUUGUCACUAGAUCAGAUGCAAACUGUGCCUUAGAACUAUAAAGGAGGACCCCCAACACUGUGGAACACACACCAGAGGCCUGUGCAAGAACAACAAAGAAGAGUAAACAUAUCCAUCCAUAGUGAAAAUGACCAUGUAGUGUGUGUUUGUACUGGAUGAUGAGUCCGUGUACAGUACGAAAUGAUCGGGUGUGAAAAUAAAUGAAUCAGCAAACGACCGACGCGCCGCUCUAACGGUGGAGCUGCGUAAGCAAAACCAUGCAACGGACCUCCUUUGGCCUUUUUGCAGAAGUGUUUCCUGUGCAGAUAAAGAUAGAGGAUGUAAGAUGCAACAGUCACCUUCCAUUACUUAUGUGUGUGUGAGUGAGUGUGUGUGUGUGUGAGUGUGUGUGUCAGAGAAGGAGACGGUGAUAAAGGGCAUUUGGUCGCAGCAUCGAAGCGCCAACGCAAAAAGAGUCGGCUAAUGACAGCGCUAAGGAAGACGACAAAUCUAUAAAGGACACAGGACUCAAUAGUGAUAUGUCAGCCUUUGAAAAGAGUUGCAGAAGGCCGCUUACUUCUGCAAGAGGCAUUCUGGGACACUAUGAAAGUUUUUUUUUUCCUAUAGUUUCAGCUGAUAUUAACAAUUUGACAAGUGAAGCUUUUUUUCUUUUUUUUUUCUUUUUUUUUUUUUUUUUUAAACUCCCUACAUUUGUGCCAGCAUCUGACAACUUUAAAGAUGACCAGUUUUGGAUUAAAAAAAAAAAAAAAAAAGCAGGUAAAAGUAGCAAGUACCCUGGCUAAUUAUAUAUAUUAAAAAAAAAAAAAAAAAAAAAGAACAUAGUCAUGCACAGGUUUGUGGUUAGUGGUAGUUAAAGUAAGUUCUUAAAGGUUCAGUGUGUGAUAUUCUGUGACGUCUAGCAGUGAAGGUGCAGAUUGCAACCAAGUGGAUUCUUUACUCUUGUUUAAUAGCAGCAAAAAAAAAAGCAGAAGGUCCUCCUAAGAGCUUCUGUUUUUUUUUUUUGGUCUAAUUUAACUGGCGCUUUUAGUUACAAGGAGACAAUUCUGGUUGACACUCAAAUAUGGUGUUAAUAUCAGGAUAAAACUCAUAAAUGAUAAAGAAACAGAGUAGACUCAGUUAAAGUUGAUAACUGGCUGUUAAAAAACUCAGUAAUUCUUAUCUGAUACUAAUUUUACACAAAUAAAAACAUAAUUAUAUUCCACAUCUGCAUUAAAAUCCUUCCAAAUCCCCAAAUCUUACACACUGGACCUUUAAUAUCUCUGCCAUAAACUGAAUCUUCAAUCAGUUCUAACACUGAAAUGAUAAAAGUUUUGACUUCAUGUAAUAAACUACUUGAGUGGAAUUAUUAUAGCGAUAGGAUAUUUCACUUUGCAUGAUAGGAUGUUGAAAUUCCUUGUACACUCUGUGAAUGGGUCUUACUACGGCUUUCCAGAGCAUGCUGUUUGAAUGUAUUCCUAGGGAGUAAACAGUUAACUUAAAAGAUAAACAGUUAUUAUUUAUUUGUUAUUUGUCACCAUUUGAGUAAAACGUUUGUUGCAGUGUUGAAGUGCUUAUUGAACUGUUAGUGAUUUUCAUGACAUUAAAUUAUUUCAAUUGCCUACUUUGGAACAAAGUGUGUUUUCAACAACACGUGUAAUAAAGACUCUAGUUUCUUC